AUGGCAGGUACUGAGCUAUAUCCAGAUGCGCCGUUCGACCCUAAGAGCGAGAAGAACAUCUUCAUAACGUUGACAGAAUCAGAGAUAGAUCCAAGUAAUACGAUAAUGAUGUCGAAAGAGAUACUAGAAUCAAACGUAUUUAUUCAUCUUCCUAGCGAGGAUAUCACAGGCUUGAUACAGCACAACAAGCCAAUGCUUCUGGAUGUUUAUGAUUAUGAUAAACAGAUUACAACUACUCAUAUCAUAACAAAAGAUGGAAAUAAAAAUUUCAAGUUUGAUGGAUGGAAUAUGAAAGGUAAGUAA